GUCACAGCGCAGGUCGGGGCUCCAGGCAUGGAACUGGCCGGCCUCAGCCACGUCCAGGCUUGGGCAGGCCGCCAGAUCAGCGUGCCCCUGUGCUCAAAACUAGUUGCUGGGCAGCUGAGAGUCCACCCCGCGGACUACUGGCUAUGGAGUCGCGCUCAAGGGGCGCUGCAGACCCUAGGAGGAGCAGAGGAGGUGGUAAACAGCAGCCCUGGAGGCCAAGCAGCAAUGGUUGUGGGCAGGGUCUCAGAGUCAAGGGCUGUGCUCCAAGUCAGCACCCCUCACAACACAGUAGAGGGGCGGCACACCAGGCAUAGGUGGAAUAGUGUCCUAGGGGUCUCUAGGGGAACGUGCACCCAAGGGUCUGGGGACACCAUAGCUCGAGGCCCGCUACUCACACAUCCCCUCCACACACACCCAAGCAGAAAGGCGGUGCAAAAGACCCAGCGGGAAUCUCUGGAAGGCCGCGGCCUUCCCCUGCCGGCUGGCCCCAGAGCCCGGCGGCUGCUGGGGCGGCUGGACGCGCGCCCCCUGGCGGCCAGAGCUGCUGCGGACCUGUCGGCGCUGGUACGCAGGGCGGGCGCCACUUUGCGCCUGCGCCCCAAGGAGGCCAUUAGUGUGCUGGACUCUGCAGACAUAGAAGUCACAGACAGUCGCCUGCCUCAUACCAAUGUUGUGGAACGCCGACCUCAGCAUCGUCAGACAGAGACUCUGGGUAUGCGUACUGCGCCACCUCGAGCCACCCAGUGUAAGACAAGAUGUGCGUCAAAGUCACUCCAGGACUCUGGUCGGUUCUCUGUGGAGCUAGUCCGCGGUCCCACAGGCUUUGGACUCACCUUAAGCGGGGGCCGAGAUGUGGGUGAUGCUCCACUGGCCGUGCGUGGGUUGCUGAAGGACGGGCCAGCACAUCGUUGUGGUCAUUUGCAGACCGGUGAUCUCAUUCUCCAUAUCAACGGAGAGUCAACACAGGGUCUUUCCCAUGCCCAGGCCGUGGAUCGGAUCCGCGCUGGAGGUUCCCGGCUCCACCUUGUGCUUCAAAGGCCUAAUGAGACCCAACCUGGCAAGCAGGAGGGGAUGGCCCCGCCAUUCCCAGAUUGCUGUCCAGAUGCUGGGGGUCGGGCGAUGAUGAUGUCUCACAACGCCGGUAUUUCCCCAGUUCACCACCCUCAAUUCAGGAGGACGCCAAAUACCAGGGGCAGCCCUGAGCCUAGUCCAGAGACAGCGGCCCACGGUCCUGCAGUUCCUCCAUCUGAGCACCGCGCGGAGGACCCGGACGACUGUAUCCCUGGUUCCCCAGGGCCCUGGCUGGUGCCGAGUGAGGAGCGGCUCUCACGGGCCCUAGGGCUCUCAGGGGCUGCGCAGCUUGCUCAGGAGACAGCAGCUGGAAGGAGAAGGCACUGAGCAGACCACACAGGGCUCCGUGCUCACUUAUGGUCCAUUCUGGCUCUUGUGUGCCCUGACCUCAGUGCACUAGCACUGGGGCCAAGAGCUUCCACUUGUCUGGUCUUCUCUCCCACUGCAGAGUCACUGUCCCACACUUCCCUCCAGGCGUCAGCGGCCCGGUCUUCCCAGACCCACUCAGACCCACGCUUCUUGUUCUGGGCGGGGGAUGUAAUAAAAUGGUUCGAUCUAG